AAGGGGGUCCGUAUCACGUGGGAAGGUCGAGCCGAGGGUCACGUGGCGCGAGAGAUGGCGACCCCGGCGGAGCGAGAGGCGGGCCGCGGCGCCGAGGAGGCGUUUCUCACUUUCUACACGGAGGUGAAACAAAUAGAAAAGCGGGACUCUGUUCUAACGUCAAAAAACCAGAUUGAGAGGCUUACUAGACCUGGAUCAUCCUAUUUCAACCUGAAUCCGUUUGAGGUGUUGCAGUUGGACCCUGAAGUUACAGAUGAGGAGAUAAAGAAGAGAUUCCGUCAGUUAUCCAUAUUGGUGCAUCCUGACAAAAACCAAGACGAUCCUGAAAGGGCACAGAAGGCAUUUGAAGCUGUCGACAAAGCAUACAAGUUGUUGCUGGACCAGGAACAAAAGAAGAGGGCCUUGGACGUGAUACAGGCUGGAAAGGAAUAUGUAGAGCACAUUGCAAAAGAGAAAAAGAAACAGUUAAAGAAAGAAGGCAGGCCAACCAACAUAGAAGAAGAUGAUCAAGAAGUAUUCAAACAAGCGGUGUACAAGCAGACAAUGAAGCUCUUUGCAGAACUCGAAAUUAAAAGGAAAGAAAGAGAAGCAAAAGAAAUGCAUGAAAGGAAGCGGCAGAGAGAAGAAGAAAUAGAGGCUCAAGAGAAAGCCAAGCGUGAGCGAGAGUGGCAGAAGAAUUUUGAGGAAAGUCGGGAUGGACGUGUGGACAGCUGGAGAAAUUUCCAGGCAAAUACAAAAGGGAAGAAAGAGAAGAAAAACAGAACCUUCUUGAGGCCCCCCAAGGUGAAGAUGGAGCAGCGUGAAUGAGCCUGGCUUUUUCAGACUCCAGCGGACAAUCCCAUUACCGUCACGUUGAACCCUUUCUUGCUUUUCCAGUAGGAUCUUUGUUUUCAGUAUGAUUGAAUCUUGGUCAAAGUAUUUACUGUCUCCUGCCCAUUUGCCCUGAGGUUCAUGAUGUGAUGUCCAGGGCCAAGCCUACUGCACUUAGAACACUUGGCUAACUUAGGAAGACCCCCACCAUAACUGCUGUUGCAUUUCCUCGUAGCCCCUGUAAUUUAAUGUUCUGUAUUCCAAGGAUGUUGCUGUUCAAAUCGUCGUUAGGCCUAACCUGUGAGUGUCCAGCUAAGGCAGAUGCUGGAGAAUAUGAUGCCUGGUGACUCCCUUGUUCACCUAGGCCGGUUGUCAUGUUUCUGUCUGCAUCAGUUUCCACUGUCAGUAGUGAAAAUUGGAGCCUGCCAUGGAGAUGGAUAGCUGGACUUUGCAAAAGUUCCCAACUCAGCUGCAUGGAGCUGAACUUACGCCCCAGCUCUGACUUGCAGCUUCGCAACUCCUUUCUUCCAGGAUUGCAGAUGAGUUAACUGGCCAACUAGACUACCAGACCCCACCCCUUGUAAAUAAAAAGUCUUGCAUUGAAUAUUCAGUUAGUGGCAAUGUUCAGUAUGUAAAAUAAAUUUUUACCCAAAA